UUAGGUUUAGAUUGCUGUUUCCCUUCAGUCAGUCUAGGGAGUUGUCCAUAUAUAGCUGGAUCGUAUAAAACUAACACAGAUUUGAGUAAAAUAAAACCCGACAAUGUUUCGAUCAGCUUACCAAAAGGGAUUUCUCACCGUGUUCUACAGCGUGGGUAGCUCGCCCCUCGACAACUGGUCAUCCUACACCAAAAAUGGCUACAUUAAACGCAUCUAUGAUGAGGAUAUUAAGUCCCUGGUGCUCGAGAUAAUGGGCUCUAACGUGUCCACUACAUUUAUACACUGUCCUAGCGAGUGCAAGCAGCAGCUGGGUAUCAAGCUGCCCUUUCUGGUGCUCCUCAUCAAGAAUAUGCACAAGUAUUUUUGCUUUGAAGUCAAGAUCCAAGACGAUCAGCGCUUCAUGCGUCGUUUCCGCGUGUCCAACUUCCAGAGCAAGACUUCCGUGAAGCCAUUCUGCACCGCCAUGCCGAUGGGCAUGUCCCCGGGCUGGAAUCAGAUUCAGUUCAAUCUGGCUGACUUUACGCGCCGUGCCUACGGGUCCAACUACCUGGAGACAGUCUCCCUGCAGGUGCACGCCAACGUGCGCAUCCGACGCAUAUAUUUUGCCGACAAGCUCUACACAGAGGCGGAGCUCCCUAAUGAUUACCGUCUGUUGGGCAAGCCCAAGGACUUUAAGAAGCCGGAGAAGCAGUUCAAGGUUCAGGCCAGCGCCCGUCCGCCGUCCCCGUUGAAUACAGCCCGCGGUGAGUCAGGCCCAGUGAAGGCUGAGAAAUCUGACGGCGCUCCUGUAUCCGAGCCGGCCACAGAAGCGUACAGCGAGCCGGAGCCAGUGUUGCAGAAGGCGCCCUCACCACCACCGCCAGCCUCAGAGCCAGAGCCUGCUGCCGCACCUGCCGCCGAGGAGCCAGCUCCCCAAACGGAGCCCACUGAGGCAACCGAGGCCUACUACUAAAAGUUAUUGUUUCUAUGUUAUUGUUAAUUUUCAUUGCGUUGACAGAGACUGGAAGUGGGCAGUGGACGACAUGCUUAAAAAAUUUCUAGUCAAAGACAAUAAAACGUCGAAUUAAACCCGCGUGGACUCUGAACCGAAA